UACUUUUUAAAAAGAAAAACCCACUGUGCUAGGCAUGUGUACGUACUAGAAUCUUAUUUUAAAAAACAAGACAUUGAAGUCUUCCAUGUGACCGCAGUGCAUGAGAAGAUCUUAACUAAAGGGAAGAUACUGAGGGCUGGGAGGCAGCCGAGGCUAGCUGGACAGAAUCUGGUCAUCAUGUCUCUGCGCAUCACCCCAAAUCUCAUGCCUUCCUUCCGUAUUGUGGCUUAUUACCAAGUGGGGAACAAUGAGAUUGUGGCCGACUCUGUCUGGGUGGAUGUGAAGGACACCUGUAUGGGAACGCUGAUUGUAAAAGGAGCAACUGAGGCUGACAAUCAAAUUCACCAGCCAGGAGCUCAAAUGAAAAUCAAAGUGGAAGGAGAUCCGAAUGCUCGGGUCGGUCUUGUGGCUGUGGACAAAAGGCUUUACGUCUUAUACAAAAAGUACAAGCUUACCCAAAGUAAGAUCUGGGACACAGUAGAAAAGAGUGAUAUUGGCUGUACAGCUGGCAGUGGCGUGAACAAUCUGGGUGUGUUUGAAGAUGCUGGCCUUACCCUGGAGACCAGUAAUAAGCUCUCCACAAAACAAAGAUCAGAUGCCAAAUGCCCUGAAGCUGCAAGACGGAGACGUCGUCGUUCUGUACAAUUCAUUCAGUCAAAGGCAAGCGAAGGUGCCUUUGAUGAUGAAUUCUUACCUGAUGAAGUGAUUAGCACCAGUACGGAGUUUCCAGAGAGCUGGCUGUGGGAAACAAAAGUGCUGACGGACGCCCCUAAUGAUCAAGGGUAUACAUAAGGCUUCUGCCGUCUC